GGGCGCCCCGUCGGCUGCCGGCUUCCUCCUUGAAACCCGCUGGCGCUCAUGAGGCCGCUGCCCCCGCCGCAGGCACUGGCGCCCCCCUCGCGGUGCCCGUGGUGAUGCCAUGCCCCGCCACCACGCGGGAGGAGAGGAGGGCGGCGCCGCCGGGCUGUGGGUGAAGAGCGGCGCGGCGGCCGCGGCGGGUGGGGGGCGCCUGGGCAGCGGCAUGAAGGAUGUGGAGUCGGGCCGGGGCAGGGUGCUGCUGAACUCGGCGGCCGCCAGGGGCGACGGCCUGCUACUGCUGGGCACCCGCGCGGCUGCGCUCGGCGGCGGCGGCGGCCUGAGGGAGAGCCGCCGGGGCAAGCAGGGGGCCCGGAUGAGCCUGCUGGGGAAGCCGCUCUCCUACACGAGUAGCCAGAGCUGCCGGCGCAACGUCAAGUACCGGCGGGUGCAGAACUAUCUCUACAACGUGCUGGAGAGACCUCGAGGCUGGGCGUUCAUCUACCACGCGUUCGUUUUUCUCCUUGUCUUUGGUUGCUUGAUUUUGUCAGUGUUUUCUACCAUCCCUGAGCACACAAAACUGGCCUCAAGUUGCCUCUUGAUUCUGGAGUUCGUGAUGAUUGUCGUCUUUGGUUUGGAGUUCAUCAUUCGAAUCUGGUCUGCGGGUUGCUGUUGUCGGUAUAGAGGAUGGCAAGGAAGAUUGAGGUUUGCCCGAAAGCCCUUCUGUGUUAUAGAUACCAUUGUUCUUAUUGCUUCAAUAGCAGUUGUUUCUGCAAAAACUCAGGGUAAUAUUUUUGCCACGUCUGCACUCAGAAGUCUCCGUUUCCUACAGAUCCUCCGUAUGGUGCGCAUGGACCGAAGGGGAGGCACUUGGAAAUUACUGGGUUCAGUGGUUUAUGCUCACAGCAAGGAAUUAAUCACAGCUUGGUACAUAGGAUUUUUGGUUCUUAUUUUUUCAUCUUUCCUUGUCUACCUGGUGGAAAAGGAUGCCAAUAAAGAGUUUUCUACAUAUGCAGAUGCUCUCUGGUGGGGCACGAUUACAUUGACAACUAUUGGCUAUGGAGACAAAACUCCCUUGACUUGGCUGGGAAGAUUGCUUUCUGCGGGCUUUGCACUCCUUGGCAUUUCGUUCUUUGCACUUCCUGCCGGCAUUCUUGGCUCAGGCUUUGCAUUAAAAGUACAAGAACAGCAUCGCCAGAAACACUUUGAGAAAAGAAGAAACCCAGCCGCCAACCUCAUUCAGUGUGUCUGGCGUAGUUAUGCAGCUGAUGAGAAAUCUGUUUCCAUUGCAACCUGGAAGCCACACUUGAAGGCCUUGCACACCUGCAGCCCUACCAAGAAAGAACAAGGGGAAGCAUCAAGCAGUCAGAAGCUAAGUUUUAAAGAGCGAGUGCGCAUGGCCAGCCCGAGGGGCCAGAGUAUUAAGAGCCGGCAAGCCUCAGUAGGUGACAGGAGGUCCCCGAGCACCGACAUCACGGCUGAGGGCAGCCCCACCAAAGUGCAGAAGAGCUGGAGCUUCAACGACCGGACCCGCUUCCGGCCUUCACUGCGCCUCAAAAGUUCUCAGCCAAAACCAGUGAUAGACGCUGACACUGCACUUGGCACGGACGACGUAUAUGAUGAAAAAGGAUGCCAGUGUGAUGUAUCAGUGGAAGACCUCACUCCACCACUUAAAACUGUCAUUCGCGCUAUCAGAAUUAUGAAAUUUCAUGUUGCAAAACGGAAGUUUAAGGAAACAUUACGCCCAUAUGAUGUAAAAGACGUCAUCGAACAAUAUUCUGCUGGUCAUCUGGACAUGUUGUGUAGAAUUAAAAGCCUUCAAACACGUGUUGAUCAAAUUCUUGGAAAAGGGCAAAUCACAUCAGAUAAGAAAAGCCGAGAGAAAAUAAUGGCAGAACAUGAGACCACAGAUGACCUCAGUAUGCUCGGCCGGGUGGUCAAGGUUGAAAAACAGGUACAGUCCAUCGAGUCCAAGCUGGACUGCCUACUCGACAUCUAUCAACAGGUCCUCCGGAAAGGCUCUGCCUCCGCCCUCACUUUGGCUUCAUUCCAGAUCCCACCUUUUGAAUGUGAACAGACAUCUGACUAUCAAAGCCCUGUGGAUAGCAAAGACCUGUCCAGUUCCGCACAAAACAGUGGCUGCUUAUCCAGAUCGGCUAGUGCCAACAUCUCGAGAGGCCUGCAGUUCAUUCUGACGCCAAAUGAGUUCAGUGCUCAGACUUUCUAUGCGCUUAGCCCUACUAUGCAUAGUCAAGCAACACAGGUGCCAAUGAGUCAAAGCGAUGGCUCUGCAGUGGUGGCCACCAACAACAUUGCAAACCAAAUAACCACGGCGCCCAAGCCAGCAGCCCCAACAACUUUACAGAUCCCACCUCCUCUCCCGGCCAUCAAGCAUCUGCCUAGGCCAGAGACCCUGCACCCAAACCCCACAGGCUUACAGGAAAGCAUUUCUGACGUCACCACCUGCCUUGUUGCCUCCAAGGAAAACGUUCAGGUUGCACAGUCAAAUCUGACCAAGGACCGUUCGCUGAGGAAAAGCUUUGACAUGGGAGGAGAAACUCUGUUGUCUGUCCGCCCCAUGGUGCCGAAGGACUUGGGCAAAUCUUUGUCUGUACAAAACCUGAUCAGGUCGACUGAGGAGCUGAAUAUACAGCUUUCAGGGAGUGAGUCGAGUGGCUCCAGAGGCAGCCAAGAUUUUUACCCCAAAUGGAGGGAAUCCAAAUUGUUCAUAACUGAUGAAGAGGUGGGUCCCGAAGAGACAGAGACAGACACUUUUGAUGCCGCGCCGCAGCCUGCCAGGGAAGCUGCUUUUGCGUCAGACUCUCUAAGGACUGGAAGAUCACCGUCAUCUCAGAGCAUUUGUAAGGCAGGAGAAAGUACAGAUGCCCUCAGCUUGCCUCAUGUCAAACUGAAAUAAGUUCUUUGUUUCUUUCCAGGCAUAGCAGUUCCUUUAGCCAUACAUAUCAUUGCAUGAACUACUUUGAAAGCCCUUCUAAAAAGUUGAAAUUGCAAGAAUCAGGAAGAAUAUGAAAGGCAGUUUAUAAGCCCGUAAUCUUUUAAUUGCAUGAAAAUGCAUGUUUAGGGAUGGCUGAAAUUCCAAGGUGCAUCGACAUUUACCCAUUCACUUAGUAAUGUACCUUGAGUUAAAAAGCCUGAGAAACCAAACACAGCUAAUGCUAUGGGGUGUAUGAAUAUGUCAAGAUUAGGUCAUUUAGGAGAUUUGACGCUGUAAUUUCAAAAUUUCGGGAGUAAACACCUUCAAAUUUCAGGCAUUUCUGCUUUGUGACUAAAUACAAAAUACAUUUUCAAAAUUAGGCCAUAAUGUAUAUUUAAACACAAUGGCUAUCAACAGCUGCUAACAAG